AUGAGUUUUGAUUAAUUAUUGUUAUCCAGACCACUUUAUAGUCCAAAUCAUAAAUACCCUACUUUUACUGUUCAUUCACAUAAUCCAACACCUUACAGUAUUACAACAUAAGUCUCUCCAAUUGAAUCUCCAAGAAUAGGGGAUAUAUCAACUAUCCCUAAAACAUCUGAGAGAGGAUAAUUGUAUGAUAAAUUAAAAGCAAAUGUGAAAAACUAAGAUAUAAUAAAGUCUAUUUAAAAUGGUAUUAAAGGUUAAAAGGUUAGGGAAGCAUAUAAUUUACUAUCUGAUUUCAAUGAUAAAAAAUAGAUAAUUUAAUCUUUAAAAUCAUUAUCCACUGCAGAAGAACGGUAAUUAAAAAUGAUUUUAAUUUAGAAUAUUGCUAAUUGAUAAAAUUUUAGAGAGAAAAGAAGAGAUGUAAAUAGCUGCUCUUAGAUUAAAAGCUAAAAGAUUAGAACCAAUUUUUAAUGUAAUAAGGAGGAAACUUAAACUGAAAUAAAGAUUAAAUUCAUCUGCUGAUAAAAUGAAGAAGCAAUCAAUAUAUGGAUUGAAAUUAGCAGAUCCUACAAAUGAAAUACAAAAUCCUAUGCAUUCUUAUGGCAAUUUAGAUGAAUAAUAAUAAUAAUAAGAUGAAAAUAUGAGAAAAGAAUUAGUAAUUGAAAAAAUAUAAACUAAAUAUGCUGCAUCAGUUGCAUUUUCUUGGUUAACAAAUAGAACUGAAAAACAAGGUAUAAAUUCUAAUUUUAAUGAAAUUUGAGAAUCUAUAAUCCAUAAUUUAUCUCCAGAAACUGUUAAAAGAAAUAAUAGAAGAAAUACUACUUUAAAGUAAAGUCAUAAAGGAAUAACUGGUUUAAAAUAGAUGAUAACUAAAAAAGUGAGUGAAAAUUCUGAUGAGAUGAUUAGAUUAGGAUAAAUGAAAAUGUUAGAAAAUCAAUAAAAAUUUUAUAAAUCUAAAGACAUAAUUGCAAAAUCUAAGGCAAAAGUAGAUACAGGUAGAGUAAAGAGUGUAUAAGUUAAUAGAUCAUUAAGAAAAAAAUAAACCUUAGAUUUCUUUACAAAUGAAAGAAAAGAAAAUUCAGAAUUAACAUAAUAAAUAGCAAAUGAAAAGAGUAAUUUCAUGUUUAGAAGAAGGUUAAUUGUUAAUGAAUGA